UAUUUCCUACUGAUUUAUCCCUUUCUCCUGUUGGUAUAUAUUUGGGGAAGAUGACCCAUCAGACACAAAAGCAACAACCUCGUACUCACUCGGGAUCAGAGGCGUUUGGGUUUCACCAACAACAGCUUGCAAGACGUUCAUAGAGGGAAGCCAAAAUGAAAUUUCUCCUGAGCCUGGCUGCCAUAUGCAUGACCCUUGGAUUGUGUUGGGGGUUCUGUGCCUAUAUACCAUCUAAAGGGAAACAGGUUGAUGGCAGGUGGGUACCUUCAGAUGAAUGUCUUGACAUGUAUGAUGGGGUGAGUCAUCCUAUCGGGUCUACCUGGAAUUCAUCUCAUUGCAUGAGAUGCUCCUGUUUGGAUAUUGGAAUGCGAUGCUGUUCCAGGUAUGGUCCUAGCUACAGAGAAGGGUGCAAAGCAAUCAUGGAUUGGGAAGCCUGCGAAUAUAAGUUCUACAAACUGGAGGACAUCAGCCAGCCAUGUUCCCCUUAACAACGUCCUUACCUUCCUUUCACUUUUUGGUGUAUUUCAGAAUCAUCAAACCAACCUUUUUCAUGGGGGAGAUGGAUCAUUGGUUUUUGCUGCCCUUGGAACCUUUUAAAUCAAUUGCAAAGCCUCUCUGUAUUCUUCAGCAGCAAUAAAAUACAACUUCCAACCCUC